AUGUCCGUUGUUUGCCGCCGCCGUUACCACAGCCUCCUCUUCCUUUCCCUCUUCCUUUUUUUCCCUCCAUGUCUCUCUCAGCAGCCCCCCUCUAUGGCCCUCCUCCAUUUCAAGAACUCACUUUCCAAAUGCGAUUCGUUAACCAAUUGGAAAGACGAUGGAUCCCAUCCAUGCGACCCAAAUAACGUGUGGAUCGGAAUCAUCUGUUCCGAUGGCCAGAUUAACAGCAUCAACCUCGCCGGAAUGGAACUCCAAGGACAACCCGACAUUGGCGCUUUGGAGUCCAUUGAUGGGCUUAAAGCUAUUAGCCUUGAAAACAAUGCUCUCGUCGGACCCAUGCCGGAAAUCAAUCGUCUUCGUUUUUUAAAAGCUUUCUAUGGCGGUAGCAAUUGGUUUUCCGGCGUCAUUCCUUCAGACUUUUUCCAGACCUUGGGCUCCUUGAAGAAGCUUUGGUUACAACGUAAUAACUUUUCUGGACAGAUUCCAAUAUCGGUUGGAGAGUUGCCAAAUCUCAAGGAGCUCCAUUUAGAAUACAAUGAAUUUUCAGGACCCAUUCCUGCUUUUUUAGACCCAGAUAUCCUAACCACGAUUGAUUUAUCCAACAACAGACUACAAGGAGAAAUACCCAAAAGUUUAAAGAACUUUGAUGCCAAAGCGUUCGAUAACAAUGCCGAUCUCUGUGGUGGACAAUUAUCAAGAGACUGCAACGCACCUCCAAAUCGACCGGGAUUAGAAGACUCAACGGAAACAAAAUCAUCAACACCAUGGAUCAUUAUGGUUGUCGUUUUGGCUUUGUUAAUCCUCAUCAUUUUUGCCAAAGUAAAUCAAAUAGAUGAAGAUUAUCAUAAUAAGAGACCUAAUUUGGGGAAGGGAGGUAUUAAUGAAGCUGUUGUCAACAUCCCACCCGUCAUUAAUAGAUCCACAAGCUCUGGUAAGAAACCGCAGACUAACAUAGAGCCCCCAAACAAUAACAAUAACAGCAGCGUCGCCAGCAGCAGCGCCACCGCCGCCGUCACCCCCGCCCCACUCACCGCCACCGUCACCCCCACCCCACCCACCACCGCCACCAACAUUACCGUUAACCCUAGCACCAACGUCAAGGAGACCAAAGAUCCACCCGCCCGCACAGCCAAAAAAGUAAUUCCUCAACUACCAGUGCGACCGGCGGCAGGAGACCUCGUGAUGGUGAAUGAAGAAAGGGGAAUCUUUGGGUUAUCAGACUUGAUGAAGGCUGCAGCCGAGGUGCUUGGAAAUGGCGGAUUAGGGUCUGCAUACAAGGCGGUGAUGCAAAAUGGAGUGUCCGUGGUGGUGAAAAGGGUGAGAGAGAUGAACCAGAUGACCAGGGAGGUGUUUGAUACAGAGAUGAAGAAGCUAGCGAGAUUGAAGCACCAAAACAUAUUAACACCAUUGGCAUAUCAUUUCAGGAAAGAAGAGAAACUCAUGGUGUCGGAAUAUGUCCCCAAAGGCAGCCUUCUCUAUGUUUUGCAUGGAGAUCGUGGGAUCUCCCAUGCCGAGUUAAACUGGGCUAACCGAUUAAAGAUUAUAAAAGGAGUUGCACGAGGAACAGGUUUCCUUCACUCAGAAUUUUCAUCGUAUCCUUUACCUCAUGGGAAUCUGAAAUCGAGCAAUGUACUGAUUGGGUCAGACUUCGAACCACUUCUCAGUGAUUACGCUUUCCAUCCUAUGGUUAAUGAAACACCUACAGCGCAAUGCAUGUUUGCUUUUAAAUCGCCGGAAGCGAUGCUUUACCAGAAAAUUAGCCCAAAAAGCGACGUGUAUUGUCUCGGCAUCAUCAUCCUGGAAAUCGUGACAGGGAAAUAUCCGUCGCAGUAUUUCAAUAACCAAAAGGGUGGAACGGACGUUGUGCAAUGGGUACGAUCGGCGCUUGCAGAGAAGAGGGAAAAAAGCUUAAUCGACCCGGAGAUAUCAUCGGAGGGGGAGGCGUCUGUUGCACAAAUGGAGAAGCUUCUCCGUGUCGGAGGUGCUUGUACUGCAGAUGAGCCGGAUGAAAGAAUCGACCUAACGGAAGCAAUAAGAAGAAUUGAAAAGAUAAGUGUUUGAUGGAGUAAUUUUUUUUUUAUAUGAAUUGGACUUCUGAGGAAGGACGUGGCAUAAAGAAGGCUGGGGUGAAGCCGAUGGAUGAUGACAUCAAGGAACGAAUCUAGUGAGAGCUCUCGCCUUCACAUGCAAGACUACAUUACGUAGAUCCAUAAUCUUGUUUUACUUAGAUUAGGAACAUUCUUGAUUUCUUGUCAAGUGAAGAGUGUGGAAACAAACAUGUCUGAAUCAAAUAAUGAGUUGUUAUGCAUGUAAAUGCAACACAUGGCUCGCAAUCAAAUCAAAGAGAAAAUGCAUUCAAUAGCAAUUGUGUAAGUGUAUCCCAACAAAUUGAUUAUUUGAGGCAAGUUAAAGGUCUGCACGGCUUAUGUAGGUAAUUUAGGUAAG